AUGACAAAUGCAAAUGACCAAGUAAUGUUUCUCCAAGAAAAAUGUUAUCUUAUUUUGGAUGAAUGUGUGCCCUUAAAAACAUUUUCACCGAAGAAUGAAGAGAAACCAUGGUUUAAUAAUCAUAUCAAAGAUAUUAUAUAUAAAAGAGAUUAUAGCUACAAACGAUGGAAAAAAUACAAAACACCAGAGCUCUAUGAACAAUUCAAAUCUUUGAGACGUGAAGUAACAAGAUGUAUACAAAAGGCUAAAUCUACUUACUACAAAUGCAAAUUUUCAACAGCAUUAAGCAGCAAAUGUAAAUGGAAGAAAAUACGAGAAAUCGGCAUUGGAAACAAAUAUAGAUCCCAUUCAAAUAAUGAUAUCGAUGUUGAAGAGUUAAAUCUAAAAUUCGUUGGUCCAAACUUGGCCGUCAAUUCCGAGAAUUUUUACUCACGCUUGAAUAUUGUUCAUAAUGAAAAUGAAUUUUCCUUCAGAUGUGUCGAACACACUGAAGUUAUUUCAACAUUCAAGGAAAUUAAAUCGAAUGCUGAGGGUAUGGAUGGUAUCAAUCCGAAGCUACUAAGAUUAAUCUUACCAAAAAUUCUACCCUACAUAAUAUAUAUAUUAAAUACCAUUCUUGUUAAAUCUACCUUCCCUGGUGCAUGGAAACAAGCGAAAAUUAUUCCAAUUCCCAAAGCUAACCAUGAAUAUCGUCCUAUAGCAAUAUUGCCUUUAAUAUCUAAAGUAUUGGAAACCUUGAUGUACAAGCAAAUCAAUGAAUAUCUCACUAAAAAUAACAUGCUUACUGAACAUCAGUCUGGAUUUAGGAAGAACAGAAGCUGUGUUACUGCCCUCUUGGACGUCACUGAAGAUCUAAGAUGUAAUCAAGACAAUAUGCAAGAUUCCUUCCUCGUACUUCUAGAUCACAGCAAGGCAUUUGACACC